AUGGUGAGAUAUUUUCUGCAUGGUCUGUGCAAGGAAGGAGAUAGGUGUCCCUAUGCUCAUAACAGAUCUCAUAAUGUGAAGAGUAAUGUAUGUCGCUACUAUCUCCAAGGAAAGUGCCACUAUGGAGCCAGCUGCAAGUUUCAACAUGUAGCUCCUACAAACAAUGUUCCCCAGAAAAAUAUCUCUCCAGCACCACUGCCUGUGUCAAGUAAAGGAGCUACCAUUGAGAGUCAACUAACAACACUUCAGUUGAAUGAUCAGAACUCACCUAAUGAAACUGUGGAUAAACAGUGUUCUGGUAACAAGUAUUCUAUGAAGGAUCUAGUUUAUGCUAAAGAAUUCAUCCCUGGUCAACCAUUUCAAGGCACCUUGCCACCAACCUAUAGCGCAACAGCCAAGAAGAAUGGUGAGAGUGGUGCCCUGGUCAUAUCUACAGAACAAGUUCCUAGGCCAGGACCUCAGGCUAUCUUAUGUCCCUAUGCAGUGAAGGGUACCUGUCGUUAUGGAGCCAAGUGUCAAUACAUGCAUGGUGAAGUGUGUGACCUCUGUGGAGAAGCUUGUUUGCUUCCAUAUGAUGAGGAGCAAAAGAAGAACCAUAGAAUGACUUGUCUUCAGAAGCAUGAGAAAGACAUGCAGGAAGCAUUUCUGUACCAGCAGAGUAAGGACAUAGUUUGUGGUAUCUGUAUGGAAGUUAUAAUGGAGAAAUCACCAAAGGAACGCAAAUUUGGUAUCUUAUCAGACUGCACUCAUCCUUACUGCUUGGAUUGUAUCAGGAAGUGGCGCAGUGGAAAGCAGUUUGAAAAGACUAUUAUCAGGUAUUAAUAUUGAAUGAUAUUAAAGAGUUUUAGUAAUUGAGAUAUACUUGUUUGAAUUUAAAUGAUUUGAAUGUUAUGUGUCGUUGGAUGUAGGAUUAUAAUUAAUAAAUUGGUGUUAGUUUUAGGGUGCAAAACAUGCUUUCAGAAUUCAGUUAGAGAAAGAGGCUGCCAGCUGAGUGUAGAUUUUCAUAGAAUUUGUAAGGUGAGUCUGAUCAGUCACCCACUAAGAAUUCUGCAAAUGCAAACAUUUUGCCUACUACAUUAUACAGAGCAAUACCUACAUAAUUCAUGAAAAUUCAAUAAUAUAAUGUUCAGAAAUGGCAAGGUAGGAGACUUUAAUUUUUAUAUACAUAAUUUUAAAAAAAUCCUUCUCACUUCAUUUUCAUUAAAACUUUAAGUAGAAACACACAAGGAGUUAAAAUGAAAAUGUAGGACGCCAAUGG